UUUAAAUCAUUCUCAGCUUUAGCGAAAAGCCUCAGACAGUGAGCGGCCAAGUAGACGCUUCUUUCCAACCCUCACCUUCAACCCGGUCUCCCUCCUCGGAGCUGUCUCGUCGAUCUCGAAUCCCAUGGCUUUGAUCGAAGCUUGGCGAUCGAUUGACUGGGAGCGAGAAUCGUACCCGGCCUACGAGGAUUUCUGGGCGAUGCCCUUCUUCGCGUUGCUCUUCCCCGCGGUCAGAUUGUUCCUCGAUAGGUUGGUGUUCGAGAAAUUAGCAAGGCGAGUUAUACAGCAAAACUCGAUCGAAAAGCUCAAGGUUGAAGUAGACAACAGGAGAAAAAAGAUUAAUAAGUUUAAAGAGUCAGCUUGGAAGUUUGUUUAUUUUCUUUCAGGUGAGCUGCUAGCUCUAUCAGUUACAUAUAAUGAGCCUUGGUUCACCAACACAAGAUACUUUUGGAUGGGGCCAGGAGAUCAGGUCUGGCCAGAUCAGAAGACAAAAUUAAAACUUAAGGCUGUCUAUAUGUAUGUUGCUGGCUUUUAUACAUAUUCAAUUUUUGCACUUGCAUUCUGGGAAACAAGGCGAUCAGAUUUUGGGGUGUCAAUGGCUCAUCACGUGGCAACUGUUGUUCUCAUUGUGCUAUCUUACAUAUUCAGGUUUGCUCGUGUUGGUUCAGUUGUUCUAGCCAUUCAUGAUGCUAGUGACGUGUUCAUGGAAACAGCAAAGAUGUCCAAGUAUGGCGGUUAUGAGAUGCUUGCUAAUGUAGCAUUUCUCCUAUAUGUUGUUUCAUGGAUAAUACUUCGUCUUACAUAUUUUCCUUUCUGGAUCCUUCGAAGUACAAGCUAUGAAGUUCUCUUGAAUUUGGACAAAGAAAAACACAAGUUUGAAGGACCAAUAUAUUAUUAUGUCUUCAACACUCUCCUAUUCUCACUGCUUGUUUUACAUAUCUAUUGGUGGAUAUUAAUGUUCCGAAUGCUUGUGAAACAAAUCCAAUCAGGGCAACUCGGCGAAGAUAUUAGAUCAGAUUCUGAAGGUGAAGACGAACAUGAAGAUUGAUGUACCUGGGAGAUGCAAUGCAUAACCGAAGAAAUCACCAAAAGAGAAUUUGGUGCUCAUGAUGUCUUCAACUUCAGAACUAAACUUCAUUAUUGGGAACCAAACAGUCUGCUGAUCUUGUAGACAUUUGAUUCCCCCAACGGGGCUGUGUUGUUGUACUAUGAAUUUAUCAUAGAAAAACCAGGCUAAACAUGCUAAACAUAGUAAACAUGUACUUUACAGAUUAGUAUAUGUUUUCUUCUCUUGUUUUAGAAGUGAUUGUUGAGUGAAUUGUCUUCAGGUCAUGUAAUUGGGUUAAAUCAUAUCAUUUAUCGGUUGACCAUGUUUUUAAGUGUUGACUACAGUUGUAUAAGUAGGUCAAAUAUAUGUCAAUCAAGUCGUCUGAUGGCUUGGUUACAUCAAACAUGCAUUUGUAUCAGUAUAUCCCAAUUCAUAGUGUGAUCAGAUUCCGAGUACGAUCCAA